UUAAAUUAAUCGCUUGAAAAUUUAAUUAACAAUCGCCAUCUGUCGCAACUUUCUAAUUGCUAUGUUUAAACGUAUUGCAUCUUAAUAGAAUUUCACUUGAAACUCUACUUAUUAGUAUUUAGUAAACAGUUUCUUUUUUAUAAAAAUUAAAAAUAAGACUUUUUCUGCGUCAUUAUUUUUUGAAAUUUUCCAUUUACAGUGGCUAACUAUGAUUACGUUGACAACUUUCACCAUCCUCUUCCUCGCUCUUGUUGAUGAAAGUGUAGCUGUACUCGCGGAACCACAAGCACCUAAUUUUCAAUAUUUUGAACGGCCAAAGUACCGCUAUCCUUAUUAUGAUGAAAACGGUAAAGGAAAGCUGUUAUAUGGCUACGGUGGACCGGAAUUAUAUCAAUAUAAAACCUAUAGUGUUCUUGAAGGAAUUCAUUAAAUGAUCAUUUUGUUUAAAUUUUUAGAAAAUUGAAUAUAAAAUAUCAGUAUACAUAUAACGUAAUAUACACGAACAUGUGAUUAAUUCAUUAAAUAUACUCAUGAAACAUUAAUUCAAAUAUAUCUGUAUAAUGCAACACACGAGUAUCUUUUCGAUGGCACAAUUGAACUAUGGUACUUGAAUAUUAUGCUAUUUAAUGAAAUAGCACAUUCGUUGUUGGUGCAAUUUUCAAUAUACUACCUUGCCAUCGAAAGGGUACGUUCACAAUUGUGGAAUAAGAAAUAUUACAUGAUCAUUUAUUUUCGCCGAUUACAACUGUGUUCUUAAAUGCAAUCGAUUUGUAUGGCUGGUUGUAAUUACAAUAUGUUUAUCUCUGUAUUGUUCUUACUCGGUAAAAUGCUGCAUGAUUCGCUUCCUCUCUAACGUGAACUGACGAAUGAAUGAAUGAAUGAAUGAAUGAAUGAAUGAAUGAAUGAAUGAAUGAAUGAAUGAAUUAAUGAAUGAAUGAAUGAAUGAAUGAAUGAAUGAAUGAAUGAAUGAAUGAAUGAAUGAAUGAAUGAAUGAAUGAAUGAAUGAAUGAAUGAAUGAAUGAAUGAAUGAAUGAAUGAAUGAAUGAAUGAAUGAAUGAAUGAAUGAAGAAAUGGUGAAAUCGAUAUUUGUUGCCGAAUGAAGCCUUAAAAACUGUUACAAUAUUUAGAAAAAGGUAAGAUAGAAUGAUUACGAUGAUUCAGUGCAAACAUUGCUUUGGACUGCAGUCUCUAAAACUAUAUUACAGAUAGAAUAUAUUAUUAAAUUGGUCUAUCAAAC